CAAGAUGGCGGCACGAUUUCUCAAUAUUAACAAGUAUUUGUGUACAUUUCCUCACGCCACUACAGGAUUUGUACAUUAUGUAGGGCGAAGAAAAUUUUCAAGCAUUGAAAACCACUUCAAAUUUCACAAGAACUUUAGUAAGAACCAGCAGCAAUUGUAUGCUUCUUCUAUUGGUCUAACAUUGGCAAGAUAUAUGUCCAGCGGUGAUGAUCUUAAAAUAGGGCCCAUAUUAACUGACCCAGAGGUCAUUCCCAAUCUUGCACAACAGAUUUCUGAACCAACAUUUCAAAGCCUUGGACUAGGCGGAAAUAGCCCGAUAGGUCUAAUCCAACAAGCUAUGGAGACCAUUCAUGUUGGUAUUGGAGUGCCGUGGUGGGGAACCAUUGUAGUUACAACUGUUGCAUUUCGAACGCUAAUGAUGCCCCUCCUGGCAUUAGGCCAGGCUAAUGCAGCAAAGUUGAACAAUAUUAAACCAGAGUUGGAUAUUUUAACCCAACGUAUGAGAGAUGUGGCUAAUCAACAAGAUACUAUGAAACAGGCAGAAGCAUCAAGAGAUUUACAAGCACUUUUUUUGAAACAUAAAUGCCAUCCUUUAAAGUCAUUGAUCAUCCCAUUAGUCCAAAUCCCGAUAUUUGUAUCAUUCUUUCUUGGUUUACGGCGCAUGGCAAAUCUCCCUGUUGAAUCUAUGCAAAUUGGUGGCCUGUUGUGGUUUCAAGACCUCACUAUUCCUGAUCCAUACUUUCUAUUGCCAAUUCUUUGCAGUGCUUCAAUGCUGCUCACUAUUGAGGCUGGUGCAGAGGCUGGCUUGAGCAAUCCACAAUUUAAAAACAUCAAACAAGUUUUCCGUGUUAUGGCAAUCCUGAUGAUUCCUAUAACAGCCAAGUUCCCAGCUGCCAUAUUUACCUACUGGCUGACUUCAAAUGCAUUCUCUCUUGGACAAAUGUAUUUUCUACGGACAGAAGUAGUUCGAAGGUUUUUCGGUAUCCCUAAAAUGCAAGACCAUUCAAAAACUGGUGCAGAGUCUGUUGGUUUUAUGGAAAACUUCAAAGCAGGAUACAAGAAUGCUCAAAAUCUUGCUGUAAUCAAGCACAGCGAACAGCAGAAACAGAAAGCAUUUGAUUUGGCUUCUAAAGAACCUCUAAAGGAAACAUUUGAGAGCAAUCCAUUAGCACAAAAUAAUGAGCAACUGUUUAAGAAAGUAAGUGGUAAAAAGAAACGCAGGAAAAAUCGUCAAGAUAAAUAUACAAAUGAUAUGUAGUCAAUAUUAAAAUAUGUAAAUUCAGUUUGAGGAUGUGCAUA